AAUUUAUUUUAAUAUGAUACUUACAACAUUACCGCCAUAAAUUAUAAUACCAAACGUCUAGAAUGUAUAGAUCUACUUUAUUUAGACAAUUAUCCAAAUAUUUUGUUCAAAACAAGGGACAUACCAGUCUUGGCCACAACCCAUUUCUAAAUGAAUUUACAACAUUACACCGACAAAUAUCUGUGUCUGCAUUUUUUUACAAAAAAAGGAAAACACCCGAGGAAAAGGCAGUAGAAAAUACAGGAAGGAGAAUUAUAAGAUAUUCACCUAAAGCUGGCUCUGGUGUUGUAGGAAUAUGGAAUAACAUGACAGUUCAAGAAGUUGCAAAUGUUUUGAAUAAAGAUAUUGACCAUGUAUUUAAAGCUCUUAAAUUUGCUGAUAAAGAUUCUGGAACAGAAUAUACAAAGGAUACAAUAAUCCACAACCAGCAGAUCAUAAAAGAAAUUGUUAAAAUAUCUGGGCGCAGAUUCAAAUUUAUAGCUAAACCUACAGAUGAAAUUGAAGAAGAAGAGAAUAAAGAUGCAGUGCCAGCGCCCCCAGCUAAACCAGAAGACCUUCGGCCCCGACCACCAGUAGUCUGUGUGAUGGGACAUGUUGAUCAUGGCAAGACAACAUUGCUAGAUGCACUUAGGAAUACAUCAGUUGUUGACACUGAGUUUGGGGGCAUCACACAACAUAUUGGAGCUUUUGAAGUGAAGCUACCGUCUGGUGAACGCGUCACGUUCCUGGACACGCCGGGCCACGCCGCAUUCACGGCGAUGCGGUCGCGCGGCGCGCACGCUACCGACUUAGUGGUGUUAGUGGUCGCCGCAGACGACGGCGUCAUGGAGCAAACGCUGGAGUCUAUACGCAUGGCUAGAGAUGCGAAUGUUCCAUUGUUGGUGGCAAUUAACAAGAUAGACAAGCCAGGUGUGAACAUUGAAAGGACAUUACGCGCCCUAGCGCAGCACGGGGUUAUAUGUGAAGAGAUGGGCGGAGAGGUCCAAGCUAUACCAGUGUCAGCGUUGAAAAGGCUACAUCUGGACAAGCUGGUCGAAGCCCUCAUAGUCCAAGCCCAGCUGAUGGAAUUGAAGUCGGACCCAGGAGGGUCGGUAGAGGGAGUCGUUUUGGAGUCCCAGGUUGAUCCACAGACAGGGAAGCAAGCUACAGUUCUAGUGCAGAGAGGUACCCUGCGACGGGGGUCGAUCAUUGUGGCCGGCAUGGGGUGGGCCAAGGUGCGGUCUCUGAGCAGCGCGGAAGGUCGCGCGGUGGAGGCGGCGGGGCCGUCGGCGCCGGUGGCGGUGCUCGGCUGGCGCGACCUGCCCGCCGCCGGCGAUCACGUGCUGCAAGUGCCUAGCGAGAAACGCGCGAAUGAAGUGAUGAGAUGGCGCCACAAUCAGCGCAUGAAGGAAAAGCAGGAAGCGGAUUUGGAAGUGAUCAAGGAGAAGCAGAUGUCCCACCUGCAGCAGUACAAACAGCAUCUAGCACAGAAGAGACUAAUGGGGCGGUUCAAACUGCGACGCCAGGGACCGCGAGAGAAGAUGAUACAAGAGGACGACCAUCCUACACUCAGUGUGGUGGUUAGAGGUGACGUGGACGGGUCAGUGGAAGCCAUAUUGGAUAUACUGGAGACGUACGACGAACACGACCGCGUGCGGCUCGACAUCGUGCAUUUCGGCGUCGGACAACUCACACCUAAUGACUUGGAGAUUGCACAAGCGUUUAACGCAGUUAUCUACGCGUUUAACGUGGACUGUCCGCCGACUAUCGCCGUGGAGGCCAAGAACAACAACAUCGCUAUCAAGAGACACAACGUCAUAUACAAGCUGGUGGAUGACGUGAAACGAGAGCUGAGCGAUAGGAUACCGGUUAGACAGGAGGAGGAGAUUGUCGGCGAGGCGAACGUACUCCAGCAGUUCACAGUGUCGGAGGGCCGGCGGCGCGUGCCGGUGGCGGGCGCGCGGUGCACGCGCGGCGUGCUGCAGCGUAACGCGCUGUAUAGAGUGGUGCGGAACGGAGAGGUGGUGUAUGAAGGUAAAUUAGCAUCAAUGAAGCACUUGAAAGACGAAGUCACGACGAUCAAACGAGACAUGGAGUGUGGGCUGCGUUUGGACAACCCUGACUUUGAAGUGCAGCCCGGAGACACCAUAGUGUGCUACAAAAUGGUAGAUGUCGCUGAUACUACCACCUGGGACCCUGGCUUUUGAACUCAACAGGCUUGAGAGAGUGUUAGAAAAAGGAAUAAGUAAGCUUUGUAUGAAUUCCAUACUCGAGUAACUUUGUUCCUAUGAUAGUAGAAUUGUAUUAAUAAAUGCAUUAAGUUAAA